GUGAGGACCAAAUCUUUGCAUAGCUUGAUUUGCAUCAUGGCACGUUCCCGUAGUGUGCUUCUGGUGGCGCUGGUCCUAGCGGUGGCACCGUGUUGCUUCGUUGGACUCCGGGCUCAGUGUUCGCGUGCUCCUUCGCUCCGCACGCGCAGCGUUCGUGUGCUCCAACGAGCGGAGCGGGUGGAGCGGGAGGAUGGCACCGCGCUGGGUGCCGCGGGCAUCGGCGCAUCGCUGGUGAUGGCUUGGAGCGAAUGGACCUUGAAGACCACAGGUUGUGGCCUGCCUGCAGGGCCCUUUGGGUUGCUCGGUGCCACUGAGGGUCUAAGCUACCUGGCGGUGGUGGGGCUUGUGGUGUAUCAGCUGUUCCGCCUUGCCACCAAUGACACGAAGAAACAGAGCAGCCUUGUGGAGGUCCGAAAGAUCCAAAGUCACACCCGUUGAGCGAGUCACGAUCGAUGGAUUGGAAUCGUCCGGCAAAGCCAUGCCUUUUGGAAGCGACCGGGAAGCGACCAUCAAGUGGGACUCCGAAUGCAUGUAGACCUUUCGGAAUCAUUCUCGUUGCCCAAUCAGAGGGAGUUCAAGCUCAUACUCAUAGGGCAUUGAGUCAUGUAUAUCAUGUAUCUUCAAAAGCGCAAACAAAAGGUUGAAAGAAAGUACUUCUCAG